AUGGACAGCCUCCAAGACGAGGUAAAAGCCGCAUUGCGCAGCACCGACCGCCUGAAGCUGCGCGCGAGCAGCGAUCGAUGCGGCAUCAGCACCACGACCAAGACGUCGACGGCGCAGCUCCGGCGCAAUUUGCAGCAAUGGCUCGACGACGUGGACGGCCUGGUGCUGCCACCGCGCUGCAGCGCCGUGAUCCUGCGCCGGGCCUUCACGACGGUGCUCUGCUCGAGCGUCGCAUUGGUGUGCGCCCGGCGCGACUACGCCGUCAUCUCCGUGGGCACGCUGUCGACGUCGAUUUUAUAUUGGCGCAAGCCGCGGCGCGGCAGCGUCGAGCGCCAGUUCGACCGCCUCUGGGUGCUGCUGAGCUUCCUCUACCAGGGCCGCAGCGCGUGCCGCGAGCUCGGCGCGGGGCGCCUCGCCACCUACUGGGCGCUCGCCCUGAUCACGCUGGGCUGCUACGCGCGCGCGCGGCGCCUCGGCGCCGCCGGAUCGCUCGACGCCUCGGCGCGCUGGCACUCGGGCAUCCACCUCGUGGGCAACGUGGCGAACGCCAUCCUCUACGCCGACCCGGGCCUCGACGCCAUUGACGCCUGGAGUCGCUUUCCGUUUCUCGUGGCCUACUGGGCCGUCGUCGCGGCGACGUACGUUAUUGUGGUGCCCGAGGACGCGCCGGCGCCGAAACGGCCAAAGCGCGCGCCGCGGCGGUCGCCGCGCCUCGCCGCCGCCAUGGCUGGGCUGGCGCACGCCCUCGCUCCAACCGCUCGGGCGCCGCCGCGCGGGCCGACGCGACUCGUGGUGCGGCCGAGAGAGCUGCACCGGUGCGAUAGCUAUGUGGUCAUCGAUAAGCCGCCGUCGCUGUCGAUGGACGGCGUCCAGGCGCUGUACCCAGAGGCAAAGUUCUGCCACCAGCUCGACGCGGCGACGAGCGGUUGCCUCGCCCUGGCGCUGUCGCGGCCCGCCGCGCGGCGCGCGCACGACGCCUUCCGCGCGAGAAACGUGCGAAAAACGUACGUGGCUAUUGUCGACGGCGUAAUCGAUCUGGACGCGUUUCCGGCCCGAGAUGCCGCCCCUUGCCUCUUGGAGCCGCCCGCACCUGUUUCCCUGCCGGCUUAUGCUUUCUACGAGGGCGAACAGAAGCGGGUUCGUACGUACGGCGCCGCAACACCGCCAGAUGAGUUCCUGCUCGCGACGCCCUGGAGUGUGGCCAAGCGCAACGCGACGCUCCGGGCGCCUUUUGAUGCACAAGCGGCGGAGGCCGCGGCGCGCGCGCGGGAGCUCCACGAAGAGCAACGCGUUGCCGCGUCCUUGGGGAUAUAUCGCCGCGGCGCCGAGUUGGUCGUCGACGUCCCGCUGACUGAUGAUCCGGAGCGGUUUGUGGUCGGCGUCGGGACAGGAAAACGAGCAGUGUCGGUUUUCCGCGUCUUCGCGACGGGGCACUUACAUGGCAAGCCGGCGACGAAGGUCGAGGUCGACCUACUGACGGGCCGGCGCCACCAGAUCCGCGCGCACCUGAAGCACGCGGGCCAUCCGAUUUUUGGCGACGCGACGUAUGGAGGGUCGACCGCCCCGCGACUAAUGCUGCACGCGCGGCGCCUCGACCUCGUCGACGGCGUGGCGGCCGACGCCGGCGACCCGCUCGAGCUCGAUGACAAUGCUGCUGACGUGAUCCGAAGCGGCGGCGUCUACGUCGAGGAGUCCUGGCUGCCCCGCGACCUCGCGCUAGCUUUGCGUACUGACGCGCUGGCGCUGCGCGAACUGUUUGAGCGCUCUGGCGUGACGAAUGAGGCGGCAAGGCCGAAGCUCUUUGGAGACGAGGACCGCGAGACACUGACGCUCACGAAGCGCGUCGGUGGCGAUCGCGCGGCCCGCGCAGAGCUCGACCGGCGCCUCGACGUCCUGCGUGUCGCGCUCGGUGAGGAGUUGGGGCGCCGCCUCUCGGCCGACGAGCAGUACUACUCCGUGCACGGGCCCGGGGCUUAUCUCGGUUUGCACAUGGACGAACGGCACGAAGCGUUCAAGGCCGAGGGCUUCGCCGAGACGUCGAGGCGGUCGGUGAGCUGGCUCGUGUACCUGAACGAAAAGCCUGUUGGUGGCGAGCUUCGUUCGUAUUGCCGCGAGAGCGCUGGCGCCUGCGGCGCGGACGAAGGAAACCUACAAGUGGGCUGGUUGGGUGCGGAACCCGUGUUCCUGGACGCCUACGUCCGCGGCGCCGACGACGAGGCGCUCUACGGACUAUACAUCCGCGACGGCGCCCGACGUUAUGUGUCCGAGCCCUUCGGCGCCGACUCGGCGUCCUGGCGCGCGGCCCGCGGCGACCGCGAGGAUUUGGACGCCGACGCGUUCCAUGGGGCGCUGGGGCGCAUGGUCGAUGCGGAGCUUCGGUCCGCGUAUACAAGUGUGGAGGAUAGGGACGGGUCGAGGAUCAUCGACGUCGCACCGACGCUCGGCACGCUUGUCCUGUUCGACAGCGCCGCGUCGGUGCACGAGGUCCUGCCUACGCUGGAGGGGCGACGCGUCGCCGUCGCGGGGUGGUUUCACGAGGCCUGUCGCGAGGCGCCGGAUUGGUAUUGACUUCUUGUUGUUCUUCGAGUAAUAAUGUACAAG